AUGUCUACUCAACAAGAACAAUCAAGCUUGCCAGUGAAUUCUACAGAAAAAUCACCCAAUGUGAACAUUGAUGAGGAUCUGGAGUAUACUCCACGUGAACAGCGAAAGAUCAUCCACCGGGUGGAUCGCCGACUCAUUGCUAUACUGGGGGUCUUGCACACGGUCUCUUUGAUUGAUCGGGGCAACAUCGGAGGUGCAGCAGUAGCUGGUAUGAAUAAGGAGUUAAAGCUGGUUGGCACUCAAUAUAGUACCAUCGCGGUGGCCUUUUUCCCGCCCUAUAUUUGUCUACAGGUGCUUGGGCCGUUCCUCGUGCGGAAACUGGGACCCAUUCCUUACUUGUCAGGGAUAUGUUUUAUUUGGGGUGCUGUGAUGCUAUCCGCGGGGUUCGUGACGCAUUGGUCUCAAAUGGUUGGGAUCCGGAUUAUUAUCGGUGCAUGUGAGGCAGGAUUCUUCCCAGCGACGAUAUACCUUAUCUCGACCUGGUAUACCCGAUUUGACAUCCACAAGCGAUUCGCCAUAUUUUAUCUCUUGGGAUGUGUUGCAGCGGCUUUUACUGGACUGUUAUCGUUCGGUAUUACGCACAUGCGUGGCCUAGGAGGUCUCUCCGCCUGGCGUUGGAUCUUCGUGAUCCAAGGUCUCCUCACUUGCGUUCUGGCCGCGAUCAGCUAUUUCGCCCUCGUAGACUUCCCAGACCGAAUGGCAGAGAGCAAACGCAAAUUCAUGACACGAAAUGAGUACGCCUUGAUCCUUCGUCGGAUCGAGAAAGACCGCGCAGAUGUGACUGUCGAACCAUUCAACUUGAGAAAAUACCUGGCCGCUGGUUUGGACCUGAAUAUAUGGGGGUUCGGGCUGAUUUACUUCUCGACUACGACGACAGCCUACGCUAUUACGUUUUUCCUGCCUCUUAUCUAUCGCGAGGGAAUGGGGUUCUCGCAAGGUGCUUCAUUGUGCCUGUUUGCGCCACCGUAUGCAGCGGCAGGGAUCCUGAUGUUUGUGACUUCGUGGAUCGGGGAUAAGUAUCGCAUUCGCGGGCCGAUUAUUAUCUUCAACGGGUUGUUAACCCUGGCGGGUCUUCCGUUGAUGGGAUUCGCGAAAGGCAAUGCUCCUCGGCUGGUGGGCUGUUUCCUCAUCACUAUGGGCGCUAACUCGAACGUGCCGGCCGCCAUGGCAUAUCAGGCAAACAAUGUCCGCGGACAAUGGAAACGAGCCAUCUGCAGCGCCGUAUUUGUUGGCCUGGGUGCGUCCGGCGGCAUGACCGGAUCGCUGGUCUAUCGGUCUCAAGAUGCGCCAGAUUAUCACCCAGGUAUUCUGACAUGUGUCGGAUUAACUGGAAUGAGUAUUGUGUUGGUGAUUCUUUUAUCGAUCCGCCUUCAUUUCUGUAAUCGGAAAGUUGACCGGGGAGAGCUCGUCAUCGGUGGUUUGCCGGGGUUCAAGUACACGCUGUAA